AUGAUGGCUUCUCGCCCUACCCCCGGCCCUUCAUGCGCAAUGAAUACUUCCACAGUCUCUCCCGGCUCUCAGAUGCCCAAUAUGAUCUCAGUGGAGGGUUUCCGAAUAAGAACACAGAAAUUGCCCAUCUUGAAAGCUGAGCCGAUCGAGGAGAUGUCGAGAAGACUGGGUAUCGCGCCACCCGAAAUGAUAUUUGGUGACAAUCAGAUUACCAUUGAGUAUGAGAAGAAGGAUUGGGGAAUCACAUUCAACGCAUUUGAUGCACUGGAUCGGGUCGACAAAACGGGCGCAUCGAUGCUCAAAGUUGCGCACUCAAAAGAAUGGCAAAAGAGCAGAGAGAAAACCCAUGAAGGUAUCAAGGAAGUUGUCAAGCCAUUCGAUUGGUCCUACAGCACAGAUUACAUGGGUACUAUCCAUGCCGACAGUCGACCCUUUGAGCCCACAACAAAACCCAUACCUAUUGAACUACUGAAGCGUCCAGAUCCUAUACUGUUCUUCGAUGAAGUUGUACUUUAUGAAGACGAACUUGCCGACAAUGGCAUUGCGAUAUUGUCCUGCAAAAUCCGUGUGAUGCCCAACAGACUACUCUUGCUCUCGAGGUUUUUCAUGAGACUAGAUAAUGUGUUGAUUCGUCUUCGAGAUACGAGAGUCUACAUCGACUUUGAGACUAAGGAAGUGAUUAGAGAAUAUCUGUCCAGGGAGUGCGAUUAUGAGACGGUUCGACAGGUAAUUCCGGACCCAAACAGCUGUCCCUUUCGUGUGAGAGCGGCUCGUUAA